AAUACCAUAGAGUCACGACAAUAAUUUGCACAAUCAAAAUAUAACCUCAAAAGUAUACUGCCCGUGUUGUACUUGUAACUUGGUGUUUGUUUGAGUAUACCAGAGUAUUCAUUUCACAAAACUUUGAAAGCAACUCUUAAAAUACAUUUUAAGUUAUAAGAUAAAACUGUUUUUAGGAUAGUAAAGGCAUAUUAAUUGUUAUAAAAUCAAUGCCGUUUGCAGUUUAGGUUAUGCGAAGGACCCGCUGUUAAAAAGAAAAUAAUAUGGAAUCACCAGUAUCGGCUUUUGCUGUAUACAACGCUAAUAAAAAGGAACCUAAAAAGAAAAGAAAUAGAAGAAGAGGCAAAACAGCGACGUCACCGAAAGUCCUAAAAGAUGUUGGAGACGACCAAAUGAAAGAGAUCGGAUUGAAGCUUAAACGUAAGCAAAAGAAGCAGAAAGAGUUGAAAAACAUCUCUAAGAAAAAGUUACAUAAGAAAAAGAAAUCGAAAAAAGACAGUAAAGUUAGUAUCCAGAAAGAAGUAAGGAAUAGAAAGUCUCCUGAAAGUGUGGACGAACAUGUACCUCAAUUGUUGCGUGCACCGUUAAAGAAGCAAAUUGAAGUACCUGAAUACGACAGAUCACCCUCACAGUCCAGUAAUAACAGCUUUGACUUCACUCCCGUUCAAACUGACAGCUCUGAAGAAGGGCUGAAAGUUUUCAAAUGGAUGAUCGCACCAUUCAGCCCUGAAGAUUUCCUUAAUCAGAUAUGGGAGAAAAAGCCACUGCAUAUAGCAAGAAAUAAGUCUAGAUACUACAAUGAAAUAAUCUCCACACCACUCAUAGACUCAAUGCUGAGAAAUGAAAAUAUUCAGUUCACUAAAAACAUUGAUAUCACAUCUUAUGUUGACGGAAAAAGGGAGACCCAUAACCCUGAAGGCCGAGCUCACCCCCAUCUUGUCUGGGACUUCUAUUUGAAUGGCUGUAGUAUCAGGUUAUUAAAUCCACAGACUUAUAUAUCACAGCUGCAUCUUUUAAAUGCAACUUUACAAGAAUUCUUCCAUUCUUUUGUGGGAGCCAAUGCCUAUUUAACACCACCAGACAGCCAAGGAUUCGCACCACAUUAUGAUGAUAUUGAAGCAUUCAUUUUACAAGCAGAAGGCAAGAAACACUGGCGUAUUUAUAAACCCAGAGAUAUACUUGAAACCUUACCGAGGACAUCGUCAAAAAAUUUCACUGAUGAUGAAAUAGGAGAACCAAUAUUAGAAGUGACAUUGGAAGCUGGUGAUAUGCUGUACUUCCCUCGGGGAUAUAUCCAUCAAGGGGUGACAAUAGAUGGGGAGCAUUCCUUACAUGUAACAAUAAGCAUGUAUCAAAAACAUGCAUGGGCAGAUUUAUUUGAAAAAAUGAUCCCUGCAGCUUUACAGAUGGCUAUCAAUGAGAAUGUUGAGCUAAGAAAGGGUCUGCCGUUUGAUAUCUAUGAUAACUUUGGAUUGGUCCACUCUGAUGUCAAGACUUCCCGGAAAACUGAAAUAGAACAGCUAGUCAAAAAUCUAUUUAACAACAUUCAAAAUUACCUACCAAUAGAUGAAGCAGUGGACCAAAUGAGCAAAAAAUUCCAACAAGAUGCACUACCACCCGUUUUGACCGAUUUGGAAAAAGCAGUCACAGUAUAUGGUGACACAGAUGUCAUGGUAGAAAAUGGAAAAGUUACCAACAGAGUAGAAAUAAGCUUAGAUACAAGGAUAAGACUGCUGCGCAAGAAUAUAUUGAGGAUGGUCUCCGAGGAACGUAUCAGACUGUAUUACUAUGUCGAGAACUCAUUAGAAUACCAUGGAAAUGAGUUACCAUAUUUAGAAAUUGAGGAAGACUUAGCUCCCGCGAUAGACACUUUAAUAAAUUCCUAUCCAGAAUAUGUGUCGGUGGAAAACCUAGAUGUACCCAAUGAGACGGACAAGCUACAGAUCGCUGAUGCACUGUGGAGCAGAGGUUUAAUUAUGACUGAAUAUCCUUUAGAGAAUAUAGAUGAUGAUUAAAAAUUUGAUUGGUGAA